AUGGCAGACAUCUCCCUUGACAAUAUGGUCAUGUACCAGUAUCGUGAGCCUAGAAAGCUGUCUAAGUUACCAGCGAUCCCUCACGGGAUGUCUUCAUUUCAAUCGCACAUGAUUUCUUCUAUGUCUCACCCUCUCACUACCUGCCCCUACACAUCGACUGUGCGGCCCGCAUCUCCAAGCCUUCUUAUUGAAGAGAACCCUUCUUCUAUUCCUCAUAUCCGCCUUACGACGGCGCAUACUCAAACUCAAUCCGAUGGUUUGCAUCAGCCGGCAGCAGCCAUACCUAUCGAUUCCGAGGAACACGGCGUCUGUAACACCACAAUUUGUCAGAAUGAAUCCCGGAAUGAAUCUCAGAAUACAGAUGAGGGAUCUUGCAACAACUACUAUGUCGACGGAGAGAAGGACAUAGCCGGACUUACAAAUGACACGGAAAUGCCGACAGCUGAAGAAUUAGCGGCAGUAUGGUCUCCAGAAUUGGAUGCCCCAUCCCAUUAUUCUGACUGCGAGCAACACGGUAGCACCAUCCCAGAGAGUCCAAUAUGGGAGAUGCCGCCUGAUGUUGCAAAUAAAUCCACCGUCCCGACUAAAUGGCCUAGUGGGAACUCCGUUGAUCAAGUAUCAAUCAGUCCUAUUGACACUAUUCCAAUCAUUGACCCAAUAUGCCUUCGCAAUCCAACUAUCACUAUCCUGGAGGACAACGAUAGUCAGCCAAUUGUACACCAAAUCCCUCCAACCGAUGGAAUUAUAGCGAUCGAUUUUGCACCGAUCCAAUCCCAGCAGAUUGAUAGCCGAACGUCGGGAUUAGUAAGAAAGCGUCAUUUAAACAAGUCACGACCGAAGCAGUCCACUUCAGCAAGAGCAACAUCUGAACGUCUAUCAGUUACAGACCCUGCUCGAAAUCUCCAAUCCAGCAACACACCCCGUGCCCUUCGGCACUCGCGUCGUUCAACCUCAGCCCAGAGCACAGAAAGCGAUGAUUCAGAGGAUAGUGACUACCGUGAGCACAGUCAUGCAGAAGACCAGAUAACAAACCUCGAGUCAGAACCUCGUCCGGCAAAAAGACAGAAGCGGGCUGACGCUGGCACACAUCCUUAUCGCCAGCAUCGAGGAAGACUGCGGGAACAAGAUCAUUCAACAGCAUCGUUACAGAGUCAGCCAAGUCCAGAGUCCAUGGUACAGAAUUCGACCGGUCCAGAGACAAUCCAUAUUGAUGGUCGUCUUCUCCGUAAAGUGUCCUUGGGCCGAGCUGAGUAUUGCUGCUGGUUCACAGAGGAUCAAGGCUCGACCGCCCUUAGCCCUGCCUUAUCUGAUUGUUUGGCCUCAUUUCAGAAGCAGGCUAACGAGCAGGAUCAGUGGACCAGCAUGUCUGACCUUCAAGUUAUUAACAUUGAAGGCUUAUUUACUCGGGAACUCAAGCCUUGUGGGUAUACAUGGAGCUGUUCAUUUAAAGAGAGAUAUACACCACCACAGAAUGACAAAUCAUCUCACGAAGAACACUUAACCCCAGGUGAAGACGGCUUUAUGGAAGACAACGAACUGUCCCAGCUUGUGGAAACACCCGUAUCGUCGAAAGGCAACGAGUACACUCCCGAAGAAGACAAACUGAUAAUACAACUCAAAGAGGUCGAAAAGCUUCCAUGGUCACGUAUAGCGGCACAUUUUCGUGGAAGAACGAAAAGCGCUCUUCAAGUACGAUAUUGUACGGCUUUAAAGGAUAAGCGGCAUAAGAGUCAGACAAAAGGUCGCAGGAAACCGAGAACUAGCCAACCAAGGGUUGCUGCAGAAAAAUCUCUACAAGAUAUCGAGAAUUCAACUCCCAGUCGCCAAUAUAGCCUACGGCAGUCACGACAAUUUCCAGAUCGUUAUGUUCCGGUAUAGAGUUCCAGGAUAUGAGCCUGUGUGAAUGCAUAUCAUGUUCAUCCAAUUCGUAGGGCGACCCUAGUAUAGUCUUGGCGAUGGAGUGUAAUAUCCUUUUCAUAUAGUGGAGACGGUUCGCAUGUCAAUGCUGUGAGUUUAGAGAGCUAUAUAGCAAUCAUGUCAACUACCGAGCUAUGCUAGCAAAUUCAUUACUUCUUCGACUUAACUACCUAGUAUUAUCGCUGCGAAUUGCAUUAUCAGAGGCUAGUUUGACACAUCUCAAUCUUGCUAUUGGGGUCUGGCUUUUCAAUAGAUUCAACACUUUCACCGAUAAACAGUAUUAGAGCAUCGGAGUCGCGACAAGUAUGUCCCAAAUCUAGUAGACAUAUGCUCCAUAUAAUUUCCAUGAUGGGCCAUCUUCUGUUUUUAAAACUCUGGA